CUAUUUCUCUCCCUCCCACCUUUUCCUCCGCACCACCACCAACCUUCCCCUUAUUUCUCCUCGCCUCUUCUCCGCCCCCGCACAUCUCCGCGCGGCUAAAUCCGUAACCCUAGCCAUCCCGGCGCCACCCUCCAUGGCCACCGCCUCCGCCUCACCGUAUUACUAGCGCCGUUGCGGGGAAGCCGCCAUGAUGGGUUCCGCCCACGCCACUGCCGCAGGGAGGAAACCGACCGAGGGAGAAUGAGGUGCGUUCUCAGGCGCGUGCCAUACGCCGGGUGCCGGGCCAUGGGAGUUGCGGGACGGGUGAAGCUGACGUCGCUGGGCAGCCGCCCCCGUCGCAUGCGGCCGUCGUACGCCCCUUUCUCCGAGCCAUUCACGGAACGCCCGGUGCCGGCUGCCCUGUCAUCCCCUGCCUGGCUGGCGGCGUGCUUUGCGUAGAAGGCGCGUCUCCCGCCUUCUCCGGCGAUCUGGCUGGUCCUUCUCUUUCCGCUUCCUCUCUGCUGGUCUCUGCUUGUAGAUUCGUCUCUGUGUGAGGGUGACCCGACAUGGAGGUGUUUGGUGAUCGGGAUGAGGCGUCCGAUGCGGAUUAUGCCGAGGUGGAUCCGACCAGGCGAUACAUGCGAUACAAUGAGGUGCUGGGAAGAGGAGCUUUCAAGACUGUUUACAAGGCAUUUGAUGAGGUUGAAGGUAUUGAAGUUGCAUGGAAUCAAGUCAACAUAGAUGAGGUGAUGCAGUGUCCAGAUAAUCUUGAGAGAUUGUAUUCAGAAGUUCAUUUACUGAAAUCUCUCAAGCACAAAAAUGUAAUGAAGUUCUGCAAUUAUUGGUUUGAUGAUCAAAAGAAGACAAUUAAUGUUAUUACUGAACUGUUCACGUCUGGAAGUCUCAGGCAUUACCGCCGAAAACAUCCACGCGUUGAUUUAAAGGCAAUAAAGAAUUGGGCAAGACAGAUUCUUCAUGGAUUAGAUUACCUGCACAGCCACCAACCUCCAGUUAUCCACAGAGACCUGAAGUGUGACAAUAUUUUUGUUAAUGGAAAUCAUGGAGAAGUUAAGAUUGGAGAUCUCGGCCUAGCUACAAUCAUGCGAACGCCUAAAGCAAGAAGUGUUAUUGGUACCCCUGAAUUCAUGGCACCUGAGCUAUAUGAUGAGAAUUACGAUGAGCUGGUUGAUAUAUACUCAUUUGGUAUGUGCAUGUUGGAGAUGUUCACUCUUGAAUAUCCAUAUAGUGAAUGUAAAAAUCCCGCUCAAAUCUUCAAGAAAGUAUCCAAGGGUGUCAAGCCGGCUGCACUGUCUAAAAUUGCAAAUCCUGAAGUAAAGCAUUUCAUUGAGAAAUGUUUAGUUCCUUCUUCUGAGAGGUUGUCCGCCAAAGAACUAUUGCAAGACUCAUUUCUUUGCUCUGAUAAUGCAAAUGGCUUUGCUGGCGUUAUUAGUCCAUCAUCAACACCCGGAGCAGUAGAAAUCUCUCUGGAUUCCUUGCACAUGGAUGUUGACACUCGGGAAUCUAUGUAUGCUAGCUCUGGCAGGAAAAAUGAUCUUGCUCCACAUGCAUCCAUGCUGGAAUUCACAAGAACUAACAAAAAUACGGAACUAAAUCUAAAGGGCGAGAAACUUGAUGAUAGUUCAGUCUCACUGGUUUUGCGGAUCGCUGAUUUGUGUGGUCAAGCAAGGAAUAUUCAUUUUCUUUUCUACCUGGAAUCUGACACAGCUAUGUCUGUUGCUGCUGAAAUGGUUGAACAAUUGGAAUUAGCAGACUGUGAUGUUACUUUCAUUGCUGAUUUCAUUGACCUUUUGAUUGUGAAUCUUGUUCCUGGUCGGAAAUUGGCAAAUGAUGUAGCGAUGAGCCCAUAUAUGGAAUCUAAAAUUGUUGCAAGUGAGCAAGUAAUUAUUUCCCAGCAGAACCUGUCAGAGAUGGCACCUGAUUAUGGGUUGGUUCAAAGUACAAUGCAUUCGAAAGAUAUCAGUGCACCAUCGAAUAACUAUCAUCAUUCGGUCUCAAGUGCAGCUAACCUAGGGGGGCCAAAGGGUUCUGAAGGUUCAGACAUUUCUGUGCAGCUUGUUGGGAGUUCUGGAAGUCGAAGUGACUGUGGCACUGAUGACUGUGGAACUAUGUACUGUUGUGGGUACAAAGACGGAGUUGGUAAACUAGGCUGCAGCCAUGUUUUAGGUGAUGAUGGUUCAAGGAAUAUUCCAAUUUUCCAUAUAGGUGGAGCAUCGCCUGGUUCAGAACUGGUGAGUGGUUGCUCAUCAAUUUCUAUUACUGAUAAUCAAGAUAAGGAAGAUGAGUUUGAUUUGAUUGAAGCUCACUACAAACAUUGGUUUGAUGAAUUAGCAACUUUGCGUGAAGAAGCUGUGGAAGGGGGUCAUGGGAAGUGGUUACCAGAUAAUGAUGUUUAAUUUCAGCAGUGUCUCUCUGAACAUCAUAAGAAAGAAUCUUCAGAUAUUCUUCCUCCUUUCUACCUUUUGUUUUGGCUUCAUACAAAUGUAACCUACAAUAAUUUGUAGGAACAUUAACAUCGCUGUAGAUUGCACCGUCGCAAAGUGUGUUGAUAAUCAUUAUAUUGUUUAGCUAGCUUUCAGUAUUCUCAUUGUUGUAUUUUGACGCUUCAUCGGAAAAUGGAAUAGUUGACAUAUGGAUGCAUGAGGUUUCAGUA